CAGACAGGCAUACAAAAAUUUUGCUUACGGCGGAAGGACUUACGUAGCGGUAGAGGAAUGGAGGGUUUGGUCUGAAGUUCAAACAACUUCUUGAAGCAACUUCCACACCCUUUGUUAUGUAAAUCAAGUUUCCAGGUGGACCACAUCACACUAUUACCAUGCAUCCGUCAGUGGGGCUUCAUGUGAAUAGUGUAAAGGGUUCGUGCAUGACCAAAGGCUGUAUUCUCAAAAAGCGCGCUCCAAGUGCAAACAUUCUAUGUCAAGAUCGUGUGGUUGCUUGUCUGCCCAUUCACUCCUUCAAACACAAGCUACAGGUAGACACGACGACCCGCGAUCUUCUACACCAGGUUUGAGAGCUACAACGCCCUAACUAGCGCGCAUUAUGCGCACACUACCAUCGUGGAUUGGCGUGGUGGUAUGGUGCCUGUUCUACAAUGGCGUCUCCUCCCAACCACGAGAUUGCCAGGUUGGAGACGGAACAUCUUACCGAGGAACAGUCGCCGUGACCAGAACAGGCAGGACGUGUCAGCGCUGGGACAGUCAGACUCCUCAUGGACACGACAGGACACCUGCUAAUUACCCACAGGCCGGACUGGAGCAGAACUACUGCCGGAAUCCUGACGGCGAACCAGGAGUUUGGUGCUUCACCACGGAUCCCGGCAUGAGAUGGGAGCUGUGUGACAUACCAUGUGUUUGCGAGAGCCUAACGACUGACACCGGGACCUUCACCAGCCCGAACUACCCAGACAACUACCCUGAAAAUCUGAACUGCCGGUACGAGAUCUCCGUCACCCCGCCCAAGGUCAUCAGACUGACCUUCACGUACUUUGAACUUGAGGACCCCUUUGACUGGGUGUAUGUGUAUGACGGAAACACAACAGAUUCCACAUUUCAGAUAAGUGAGAAGCCAACGAUUCUUCUGUAACUGUCUGAGCACGAUUUGCGGCUGUUUUAAAACGUUUCUGUAACUUGCUCAAUCCGCAAAUACAUGUACGAGGAGUGAUCAAUAA